UUGUUGAAUCGGGUCGACAUUGAAAUUUGAAUUCAUUGUCGUCGAUUGUUCAAGUCAAGUAGAUUCUUCAGAGAAGAGUGAAGAGUGAGUAAGACUCACGAUUCAACUCAACUCAACUCAAGUCUUUGAUCUGCGUCGGAACGAAACAACAAGCAAGUCGAAAAUCUCCAGUUUUGAGGGUUCAUCUGAAGAAAUGUCUCAGAAGAAAUUGACGCCGAAUCUGGAUCGCCAAAGCACCAAGGUGCUCAAUCUCACGGUGCUCCGGCGAAUGGAUCCGUUCAUCGACGAGAUCCUCUUCACCGCCGCACAUGUCUCUCUGUACGACUUCAACAUCGAAAGCAACCAGUGGAGUCGCAAGAAUGUUGAAGGAUCUCUCUUCGUUGUCCAAAGGAACCCGCAAGUGAAACCAGAGUUUCAGUUUAUCGUCAUGAAUCGAAGAAAUACAGAUAACCUAAAGGAGAACCUAUUGGAUUUUGAGUACGAACUUAAAAAACCAUACUUGUUAUAUAGGAAUGCAAAGCAAGAAGUUAAUGGUAUAUGGUUUUACAACCCAGAUGAAUGUGAAGAAGUUGGAAAUCUCUUUAAUAGGAUAAUUGAUGAAUACCCAAAGGCACCUCCAAGUACAAUAAUGCCUUCUAGCAAUAGUGAGUUUGAGGAGCUUGAGCCAGUGUCAAUUAUAAGAGAAAGCCUCCUAGAGUCAUCGUCAGCUGCUGCUUCUGCAAAUACUCCUGAAGAUUAUGUUUUCAUUAACUCCUUGAACGCAUCCAAGGUUACUGGAAAUUAUGCUUCGAGUGUAGAAAGUUUUGGACGGCCCUACCAUUCUGCAACUGUCACUUCUACUGUCCCCAAUGGUUUAUUCACUCCUGCACCUUCUGUACAAAUACCAUCUGCCUCUCAUUUAGCUUCAUCUGCCUCUCUUGAAACAAUCAACAUUGGCAAUCAAGUCACUAAACUUGUUAACCCUUCUACUUUUCUUGCAUCCAACUCUUCAUCUUCACUGAUAAGUUCUCGUAUACUUUCGUCUGUGCCACCUAAUGCAGCUGUUCAUCAUCCCCUGAUACUGCCAAACCAAUACGGCACUCCAGUUUUUCAACACUUUCCACCACCUAAUCCUCCUCUAUCUCUUAACCCUAUCCCUAGUCCCACACCUAAUAGACCUGUUAUCAGCAGAGAUAAAGUCCGUGAUGCACUUCUAUCACUGGUUCAGGAUGAUCAAUUCAUUGACAUGGUGUUCCAAAAGUUACUGAAGGUGAAUCUUUCGUGAACAAUGGAAUUUCGAAGGUUGGGUGAAAAAACUGCAUGUAAAAUUAGUUCUGUGUAUAGUAGUUACGCUUUGACACAACUAACAGGACCACAACAUCACUUUUGCAACUUAGUAUAGACAAUCUGGCCCCUCUUGAGAUCUGGCCACAACUUUACUUUAUGUAGCUGUUAGCUGAGAUCACUCUCAAGUGAUGUCACUGGAGAGGAUUUGAACCUGGUGAAAUCCACAGUAUACUAUCAAAUUACAGAGUGCAUUAAUACACAAUAUUAUCUUCCACCAUCGAAUUCAUGCAUGUAUAUGUGGACAGUUAUCAAAGAAAGCAAUGAUGAAGUUGAUGUAUUGAUAACUGUCCAUUUGUACACAAAAUUUUAUGGUGAAAACAUUGUGUAUUCUUACACUGCAACUCCAGUGUUGAAGAAGUAGCCAUCUGUAAUGGUUGAAUGGCCUUGAAUAAGUGCGUUGAAUGUCAGUUUCCCCUUCCGCUUGAAUAAGAGAUUGUGUUUUUUGUACUAAGAACAUGGAGGUUCAAUCGAUUUUCUUCGGAUCAAA